AAGGAUUUUUAGCACCUCUCACUGAGGAGGGCCUGGAACCUCACCCAGCUAAGGUAGCUUCCUGUCUCUGAUAUCACAACCACCAAGACGCUAGCUACUACACUAUCACCACCCAUGGCCAUCUACCCAUUACCAUACCGGCUUCAGUCAUCGUAUCUGCCUCCACGAAUAAUAAAGCUAUCCUCCAGUCCCUGAUCUUGACCUGGGUGACCUCGUGCGCCGAGAAGCCAAGUGCCUGUUUGUGCAGUCCCAUCUUUGUCUCUACAGCUUUUCAGUUACAAGGCACUCUUGACGCAAGGCAAGCAAACAACCUUCCCAAGACAGCAAUCAUGGUGACAGCAACAACCACUAUGGCUCUGCAAAAGGGCCACAUACACGCCAAGAAAACGCCGCCAAAGAAGCCUCACCAGCAAAAGGCUUCCAAGACCAAGGCAUGCUACAACUGCCAUCGGAAACGUCUUCGUUGUGACAAGUCGCUGCCUUCCUGUCUCAAAUGCUCCAUCAACGGCGAGGAAUGUCUUGGCUACGGCAUCGUCCUGCGCUGGGCCGCCUGUAAUUCACCCACCUCCACCACAACCACCAGGACCACUAACAAGACCACCACAUCACGAACCGUCAAGUCAUCCACGCCAAUUCAAGUUUCAACACCAAGCAACCCUCCUCAAAUUAUUACAAAAGUCACUAGUAACUAUACACCCAAUAACACUAUUAGUAAUACCACGUCUACCACGACCACCGACAUCUCAUCUCCAACUCUAGAUGAAUCCGAAACAAUCGAUAACAGUGUCGACCCUCUACCACAAACACCAGAUGAUGACCAAGAGUCAAGCUCACAACUCAUCAAAAGACCCAUCAACUUCAUCAAAAUUCCACUAACAGACCCUCUUCUCAAUGGCCUCUCAUCCAAGGAAAAAUGGUACAUGCAUCAUUUUGCCACGAUUGUCUGUCGAGACCUGGUCUCCAUUGACCAGAAGGAACGGAAUCCCUUCCGGGCCAUCAUCCCCUUGGUUCGCAAGUUCGACUACCUCCAGUCAGUCGUCCUAGCAACGGCAGCCAUGCAUCUAUCCACGCUUCACAAGUAUCAAGGUCAAAGUCUACCGUCCGAGUCCGCCCUAGUAGACGCUCUGAUGCUCAAGUCCCGGGUACUUCACCUUCUUCGCGCCGCCAUCAGUGACGACACCCUCACUGACAAGGCCAUGAUUCUCUCCGCCAUCGUCUUCCUUGUCAAUCUCGAUCUCAUCGACUCCGGCCGAGGAGGCUGGAAAGCCCAUGUUGAAGCCGCCCGGCGUCUGAUCUCAUCCCUAUACCUCACCAGGGCACACCUCGACGGGGCCAUCGCCCCCUUAGUCAACGCCAUCGCCGCCGAUUGUCUUACCUACCGCAUCUACGGCUCGACCAUCAGCGGCAACACUUGGUCGUCUGAAGAUACCAUCGAUGACGGCGUCGUGUUACCGUACAUCUUGCAGAACGCGGAGGCAUACAGCUACCAUUGCGCACCACCGGCUAUCCUCCAAAUUAUUCUGUCUGCAAGCCAACUAUGCAGCGGCAGCUCCACGACGUUGGAAACGGAUGGAGGGGUGGAGAGAAUCGCCACCGCGGCGGCCUUGCUUCACAAGGCGCGCAACUUUGACGUGCAGACAUGGGUGUACAACAUCAAUGGCCUGCCACCAGAUGACGACUUGGAAGCGCGGGUAAGCGUGGCGUCAGCACACCGCGCGGCAGCCUGUCUGUUCGUCUUGUUAUCGGUUCCCGAGGCUGGAUUGCUUGAGUUGCCUCUACUAGAGCCGAAGGAUUUGGUGCAGGAGAUUCUUGGACAUCUUUCGUGCAUACCAGAAGAUCAUGUCCACCUGAAGGGAACUGUAUGGCCGACGUUUAUUGUUGGCGCGGAGACGGACGACUUGAAUGAGCGGGCUUGGUGUCUGGAGCGGUUGGUGGCGGUUUGGACGAAGAACCCUUGGACGUAUCCAUGGGGAUAUGUGCACACGGCGACGGAGAUGUUGCAGGAGAUUUGGAGGUCGAAGGAUUUGGCGGCGCAGCAGGGUGAUGAUGGGAUCAACUGGUUGCAAAGGUUAAAGGCGACUGGGAAUAGUUGCUUGAUCGUAUAGCUGGGUAUAUAUCGGCGAGGACCGCCUGACAAUGAAACUUUCCACCAAAAGAGAAAACUAUAACGAACGAUGGAA